AUGGGUCGGUCAUCCACCAGGGAGUCACCGAUGCUUGAGAUCAAGGUGCAGCAACGCCGUGACAACACCCCUCCACCCGGUUCUUCCUCGGUGACGAACCAACCAUCACGUCCUCGCCACCCUUCUCCGUCUCCUGAAUUCAAACCAUAUAAAGAUUGGUAUCCUUGGUUAGUGCCUACCAUUGUUUUUACCAACGUCGUUCUCUUCUUAGUUUCCAUGUUCAUCAACAAUUGUCCUGCCCAUUCGAACAAAUGCAUAGCACCAGAAUUCCUCAAACGUUUCGCGUUCGAGAACAUGAAGAUAAACCCUCUUCUUGGUCCGUCUGCAGCCACGCUGUUAAAAUUAGGAGCUUUAGAAUUUAAAAAAACCGUUGAAGAAAGGGAAGAAUGGCGCAUCGUGACUUGUAUGUGGUUACACGCCGGUGUGUUUCAUGUCUUGGCGAACAUGAUGGGUCUGGUUUUUAUAGGGUCUCGCCUCGAGCAAGAGUUUGGAUUUUUGAAGAUCGGUGUGAUUUACGAAUUAUCUGGAAUUGGAGGAAGUCUUCUGUCAUCUUUGUUUGUAAGAACAAGCAUCUCCGUUGGUGCUUCUGGAGCUCUAUUCGGUCUACUCGGAGGAAUGCUCUCAGAACUUCUUACAAAUUGGACGAUUUAUGCCAACAAGUCUGCAGCAUUAUCAACUAUGAUCAUCAUCAUCCUCAUUAACGUUGCUGUUGGAAUUCUUCCACAUGUAGACAACUAUGCACAUAUUGGAGGAUUUUUAACAGGUUUCUUGCUAGGGUUUAUCGUUUUGAUCCGUCCGCAAUUCAAGUGGACAAACCAGAAACACGUUCCUCCUGGCUAUAUCGCCCCAACCACGAAAUCCAAAUACAAAAGUUAUCAAUACAUACUUUUGAUUAUCUCCCUAAUUGUUCUACUUGUUGGAUUUACGGUUGGUUUGGUUUUGCUUUUUCACGGGGUUGAUGGAAACGAUUAUUGUUCGUGGUGCCAUUAUUUGACUUGUAUCCCUACACCUUUAUGGACUUGCGAAGUGCGUUGCAAGUUGGAUAAGUUAGACAAGCAAAUAAAUAUGACAUGCCUACAUAAUGGGAAAUUCGACUCUUUUAUGCUCGAGGAUGGUAAUGACAUCACCGAGAUGCAAACAUUGUGCUUAGAACUUUGUAGCCAAAUGUCUUGA